AUGCCGGCAUCGGCGGCGGAGGCCACGAUAACCAGCAAGACCUCCUCAACGGUGGUCGUCCACACCGGCGAGCAUCUGUUCAAGGUCGUCGGCCACUCCCUGGUCACAGGAAGCAACACCAUCCUCACCUCCGAGACCUUCCGCGCCGGCGGCCACGACUGGGCUAUCGCCUACUACCCAAACGGCCGCGUCCCGAGGGUUGAUGAGCAGUUCACGUCUGUGUUCCUCAAGCUGAUAAGCCCCGGCGAUGGUGAGGUCAGGGCGUCCUACUCCUUCUGCCUCCAGGAUCCUGAAUCGCCAUCGACCAACAGAUUUAUUUUUGGCAAAACAUCAUGUAAGUUCUUGUUCGGGGGUAAGGGUUUGGGCACCAGCAGCUUUGUGAGCAAAGCCGAUUUGGCCGCAUCCGGGUGCCUCAAGGAUGACUGCCUGGUGAUCAAGUGCACCGUUGAAGUCUACAAAGUCAUCUCUGAGGAUAAAGAUAACGGUAACAUCACCGUGCCGCCCUCCAACUUGAGCAUAGAUCUCAGCGAUAUUCUAGAGAGCGGCCUGAAGGCAGAUCUCACUGUCAAGAUCGGUUCGUCCAAGAGUUUCAAGGUGCAUGCGUGCGUGCUGAGUGCGCGGUCACCGGUUUUCGGGGUCUUGCUGCACUACAUGUACAAGGACUCCCUGCCGGCAUUCAUGGAGGAGACCACGGAAGAGGCGACAAACAUGGCGCAACAUUUGCUCGUCGCAGCUGAUCGAUAUGCGGUAGAAAGACUGAAACUGAUGUGCGAGAGCAAGCUGAGCAAGGCGCUGGAUGUCAAGACCGCGGGCUUCACUCUGGAUCUGGCUGAGCGGUACAAUUGUCAACAGCUCAAGGGUUGCUGUCUCAAGUAUAUGGCAAGAGACUUUGAGAGGUUGCGAGACAUAAAACGAAGCGAAGGAUUUGAGCAAUUGAAGAAGAACCAUCCACUUGUCGUGUGUGAUAUUUUCGAUGAAGUUAUUGAGAAACUGAAUCGACAGGUUGUAAUUACUUUUCCUUCGUGAUCUGC